AUGGAAAAACUACACAAUGUUACAGAAUUUGUUAUGCUGGGACUCUCCCAGAAGCCAGAGGUGCAGAGGCUUCUCUUUGUGGUCUUCUUGGUAAUCUACGUGGUCACAGUUUCUGGAAACAUCCUCAUUGUGCUCACCAUCACCAUCAGCUCUACCCUGGCUUCCCCAAUGCAUUUUUUCCUUUCCAAUCUAUCCUUUAUUGACACCUGCUAUUCUUCUUCCUUGGCCCCUAAACUCAUUGCAGACUCCUUGUAUGAAAGGACAACUAUCUCUUAUGAAGACUGCAUGUCCCAGCUGUUUGGGGCCCAUUUCCUGGGAGGUGUGGAAAUUAUUCUGCUCACAGUGAUGGCCUAUGACCGCUAUGUGGCCAUCUGCAAGCCCCUGCACUACACCACCAUCAUGACCAGACACCUCUGUGCCGUGCUCGUGGCUGUGGCUUGGCUGGGGGGUUUCCUGCAUUCAUCCAUUCAGCUCCUUCUGAUCUUUCAGUUGCCCUUCUGUGGGCCCAAUGUGAUCAAUCACUUUGUGUGUGACUUGUACCCUUUGCUGGAGCUGGCCUGCACCAACACGUAUGUCAUUGGCCUGCUGGUGGUGGCUAACAGUGGUGUGAUCUGCCUGUUGAACUUCCUCAUGCUAGCUGCCUCGUACAUUGUCAUCCUGCGCUCACUGAGGUCCCACAGUGCAGAGGGGAGACGCAAAGCCCUGUCCACCUGUGGUGCCCACUUCACUGCAGUUGCCCUAUUCUUCAUCCCUUGUAUAUUUAUUUACAUGGCGCCAUCAUCUACUCUGUCCAUAGACAAAAUAAUGAUCGUGUUUUAUUGCAUUUUGACACCCAUGUUCAAGCCCCUGAUUUAUACUCUAAGAAAAGCAGAGGUGAAAAAUGUUAUGAAGAAUCACUGGAGAAAAUGA